UCAAUUGCUAAAAAAUAUUCAUCACUCAACAAUAAUGAAAGAAUGCUUUCCAGUUGUUUGAAAAAAAUACUAUUUUCAUUUAAAAGAUCAAGCAUCGGCCAGAAAAUGGAUAAAAUGUCAUUAAUAAGCAGAAAGAAACGGGAACGCGGUAAUGACGUCACCGUGACACCGGCUUCCCAUAAUUUUUGCAACAUAUGAUAUUCACUGUUACAGGUAUGGUGACACUAAAUGUAGACUUUUUCAAGUGAAUGGGUUCUCCUGAAUUCUUGUGAGUAGGGAAUAGUUUCUUUGUGACAAAUAAAUGAUGCAUAAUAUUUUUAGCUAAAUCCGAUAUCUUUGAGCUCGCUUUGAGGCUUUGCCUUAUUUCAUAUUAUAUACCGAAUGAGAUAUACUAUCGACUUAAAAAUGUAGUCUUCCGGCACGUGCACAGAGCGUCUCACUUCGGAUUUUUUGGAAGAAUGCGUUUUUUCCUUGUGCGUAAUAAGCGUCCAUAUAAAUUGUCCGAACCGCAACGUCUUGCACUCCAGUACAAUUAUGGACAGUAUUGUUUUUUUAUUCCAAAGAUCUAUCUUUAAAUUGUUACAAAUGCAUAUUUCUGGGCAAGAUGAUGGACUGUAACGAUUUCCGAUUGAGGCAUUGCCUUAUUUCAUAUUAUAAUUUCUAAAGGUUAGGGUAAGUAUUACCAUGUCAACCUUACUUAAAUGCUAUACAUACUUAAACGGUGUACAUAUAGACCUACCCGUAAAUAGCAUAGUCUUUCUCGUAGUAAAUUUGUCGUUAAUAAUGUUUUACUGCUUUUCAUAAUUAUCACAUAAAAUGUUGUAGACACAUUUUACAUCCGUCUGAAAGUAGAAACUAUUGAAGCUGCAUCGUAUUGCUUUUAUAAUAUUGCAGGGAGUUUAAAACAACGUUGUGGAAGCCAUCACAUCACUUUUCUCGUUGCUAGGUAACAUGAAAACCUGGGAUAAAGUGCUGACACUCGCAUUUCUAGCGUAUUUUAUUUCAUGCUCCCAUGGACUUGUAUUACAUCAGAGGAAAUUUAUUGGCACACUAGAGCCGAUCGAUACCAAUGUUUGCCCAACACAGAAUAUUACAUUCACAAGUACGCUUCUGAAACCUGCAUUGCGUAGCUACUCUAUCGGCUUUGCUGUUAAAAAUAGAAACACACAUGGAACAUACGAGGCGGUUGGCUAUGGCAUGAUCACAGAGGUGAAUGAGACGAUGUCCCAGUUUACAGUGUACAACAUCACUUUGGAAACCGAAGAGGUCUCAAAACCAGUCGUCUAUUUCUAUGUCCGUAGCUACUACUGGCAAGAAUUCGGUGAUAUUGAUGGUACAUUGCAGCUUGGAGAAACGGUUUCUGCACGAGUUUUCCCACUGCCUGAGAAGGUGCAAGAUUUUAAAUGCAUAGUGUUGAAUUACAUGUCAAUGAGGUGCACUUGGAAUUAUGGGAAAGACUAUGGCGAAAACAUGCCCGAAGUUAUGUUCCGGUGGAGAAACCCAUCCCUAUCAGGAACAUGGAUUAACUGUACAGAUUUAAGUAUAGAAAACGGAUAUUGUGUGUGGGUAGAUUCGAGGGCAGGCUUUUUCAAAAACAGUAACAUUACAAUCAAGUUAACUUUAAAACAGAAAUGUGGUAUUGACGUAGCUUCGGAGUUUCAUAUAAACACUGCAAGUAUUGUUAAGCCAGAUCCAGUUUCCAGCGUUUCCACAAACGUUAUCAAUAGCACGUGCAUAAAAGUAUUUUGGGAUACAAGUGAUUCGGAACCACAACAUCCGAAAGAGCACAGAGUUAUUGUAUCCAGUGAGUGGGAUAAUAUAACGAUGAUGUUUAACUCUACAGAGGGCACUGGACAGUCUGCACACAGUAGGACCUUCUGCAAGCUCCGUCCAUACACAGAAUACACUUUUAGUGUAAGCAUACAGCCAGUUGGUCUUUACUCAGGCUAUUUCAGCGACGAGAGAAAAGGUGUAUCGACAACAUACUCGGACAUUCCAAGUGCCAGUCCGGAAGUGACAGAAGGGGUUUACAACUUGAAUAACAGAGACUGUGAUGGAAAUAAUAAAAAAAGACGUGUUUGUGUAUUUUGGAAGACAAUCAAAGACGAACAUAAGAAUGGACCAAUGAAGGGUGUCCAGGGUCUGUUUACAGCUAUUAAUGCGAAAGCACCACCUGUUCGAGAAGACUGGGCUGAGGAUUCCACGUAUGGUUGUUCCUUGUUAUUGUGUAGCACAAAUUACAUCUUCACUAUUAAGGCCAGAAAUGUGAAUGGUACAUCAGACAAUGGCUCGACAAUCGCAAUACCAUCAUUCCGUCCAGGAAUAAAGCCACCAAAAUUUAUUGUGGAAUCCGCCGGCACCUCGAGCGUCUACGUCACCUGGGACCAAAGAGAGACACGAAAUGCUAAAGGGUUCACGGUAGUCUGGUGCCGAAAUAAGAACGGAGAUUGUGAGUCAGGACAUGAGAUUUAUUGGAAACACUUUCCUUCAAACACAAAAGAAGCCGUUUUACAAAUAAAUUCAUCUUCUCAUGAUUUCUUAUACGGCGUAAGUGUAUUAACAGAGGAUGGAAGCAGUGGUGUAGAUUGGCAGGAUUGUGUAUAUCUGAAAAAUAUAACCCCAAAGAGAGAGCCUCAGAAUGUCGUUGUGCCGGCAGGACCUGAUGAUAACACACUAGUUGUCACGUGGGAUAAACUGACAUGUAAAUCAGAUGAGCCAUACAUAGCCAUGUACAAUGUACAAUAUAACAAACCGGAUGAUAUAAAUCAGAAAUCUGUCAAUGUGACUGGGUCAGGUGAAGCAAGGGUGGUGUUGACAGACAUGCAGGAGGAUCAAAUUUAUUUUGUGACUGUGAGAGGAAUCACGAAAGAUGGACGUUAUGGACCAGAGAGUCAGCAGCAGAAAGGCGUACCAGAAAAUAAAAGUUUAAAACCAUCUGAGAUUGCAGGGAUCUCUGUAGGGGUGGUGGUGGCGGUGUGUGGUAUACUAGGAGUUGUCUGUUGUUUAUGGAAAUGUAAAAUUAAAGCAAAGAAAAUGAUGAAAGAAGCAAAUAUUACCAUUCCUGAUUCUCCUGAUGCUGUAAGACGUCAAAACAGUUACAAUAGCGUGUACAAUAUGAUACCACAACUUGAAAAAACUGAAUGUUCGGCAACUGAAACGCAUUCUCUGGAAAAAGAACCAACACUUGUAACAUCUGACGAGCAAGAAAUGCCAUUGCUUCAAGCUGUUACAUCGGAAACUACAGAGGAAGCAAAACUUAAGACAGUUAUAUCUAAACCAAUCGCAUUUGCUGAAAACUCUGAAAAUGGGAUAUCCUAUCCCAGUGAAGAAAACAAUGUCACUGUUGGUUCUUUGAAAAACAUAAUUAGUGACUAUGAAAAGUGGGACUCUAAUGAUCCAUCGGACAACAACAGUGAGGACCCUACAACAACAGCAGCAUCUGAAAAUGGGAUACCCUAUCCCAGUGAAGAAAAUAAUGUCACUGUUGAUUCUUUGAACAACAUAAUUAGUGACUAUAAAAAGUGGGACUCUAAUGAUCCAUCUGACAACAACAGUGAGGACCCUACAACAACAGCAGCAUCUGAAAAUGGGAUACCCUAUCCCAUUGAAGAAAACAAUGUCAAUUUUGAUUCUUUGAAAAACAUAAUUAGUGACUAUGAAAAGUGGGACUCUAAUGAUCCAUCUGACAACAACAGUGAGGACCCUACAACGACAGCAGCAUCUGAAAAUGGGAUACCCUAUCCCAGUGAAGAAAACAAUGUCAAUGUUGAUUCUUUGAAAAACAUAAUUAGUGACUAUGAAAAGUGGGACUCUAAUGAUCCAUCUGACAACAACAGUGAGGACCCUACAACAACAGCAGCAUCUGAAAAUGGGAUACCCUAUCCCAGUGAAGAAAACAAUGUCAAUGUUGAUUCUUUGAAAAACAUAAUAAGGGACUAUGAAAAGUGGGACUCUAAUGAUCCAUCGGACAACAACAGUGAGGACCCUACAACAACAACAGCAUCUGAAAACGGGAUACCCUAUCCCAGUGAAGAAAACAAUGUCAAUGUUGAUUCUUUGAAAAACAUAAUUAGUGACUAUGAAAAGUGGGACUCUAAUGAUCCAUCUGACAACAACAGUGAGGACCCUACAACAACAGCAGCAUCUGAAAAUGGGAUACCCUAUCCCAGUGAAGAAAACAAUGUCAAUGUUGAUUCUUUGAACAACAUAAUUAGUGACUAUGAAAAGUGGGACUCUAAUGAUCCAUCUGACAACAACAGUGAGGACCCUACAACAACAGCAGCAUCUGAAAAUGGGAUACCCUAUCCCAGUGAAGAAAACAAUGUCAAUGUUGAUUCUUUGAAAAACAUAAUUAGUGACUAUGAAAAGUGGGACUCUAAUGAUCCAUCUGACAACAACAGUGAGGACCCUACAACAACAGCAGCAUCUGAAAACGGGAUACCCUAUCCCAGUGAAGAAAACAAUGUCAAUGUUGAUUCUUUGAAAAACAUAAUAAGUGACUAUGAAAAGUGGGACUCUAAUGAUCCAUCUGACAACAACAGUGAGGACCCUACAACAACAGCAGCAUCUGAAAAUGGGAUACCCUAUCCCAGUGAAGAAAACAAUGUCAAUGUUGAUUCUUUGAAAAACAUAAUUAGUGACUAUGAAAAGUGGGACUCUAAUGAUCCAUCGGACAACAACAGUGAGGACCUUACAACGACAGCAGCACUGAGUAAUGAUAACAGUGAGGCACGCAUAAUACUUGAUGACAAUAAUGACACACAAGCUGCACAUAAAGCGUACAAUUCUCGAUCCGAUAAAUCUUCUCCUAUCAGUAAAUCCAAAUCAACUGAUGAUCCCUGUCCAGUGUGGAGAAGAAGUGAUAGUUCUUCUUCCAACGCCGAAAAUGAAAUUACUUUGACGGACACUAAAAGUAGUAGUCAACAACUGGAAGAUGAAGCUUCUCAUUCAAAUGCUGUUAUAAAUUCCGACCUCAACUUUACCAAAGGCAAUAUUACCAAUUCUAACGCCGUUCAAGAAUCUGUGAGAUGUGAUAACCCACCUAAUAGAAAUAUUUUCCUAGAUUACCAACCUGCUUACGCUAUUGAAAGCUAUAACCCACGUGAAGAAAUGGAAAACUUUGCGGACCAUAAAAGUAGCAUUGAUUUACAUUCUACGCCAACAGGCAAUGUUUUCUCCACAGAAGAUAAUGCCGUAUGUAAAGAACUGGAGAGUAAGUUUCAAUCAGAUAAUGGAAAAGUUGAACAUGGAGACACACCGUCAAAGAUAAUUAAUGGUAAAGGGAAUAACUCGUUUAAAGAUCGCUUAGAUUAUAAGGUCGCAACUUUAGAGAAAAACGCUAACACUAGUACUGAGGAAGAAACAGAAUUUUGAUGUAUGCCGAUGUAAAAAAAGGAGUCGUAGUGCUCAUUCCAUUUCAGUAGAAUAAUCCACUGUUAGAAUGAUCCGCAGUUUGCAAGUAAACAGACAAUUGAUUACAUCGAAGAUGAAUGUACAAGCAUUGAGCGAAAAGUAAAUACUCUAGUUGAGACGUUUUAUUACAGGAAUCGAAGAAAGAUGUAGCAAAACAAUUUAAGAUGGCUACAAUUAAUGCUAUUUUAAUGCGAUAAUGCAGAAUUGAAAUAACAGUGACUUGUCACAAAUGAUUAAUUAGUUUAUCAUUUGAAUAUCAACUACCUCGGUAACCUAGUGGUAUAACGUCCGCUUCGAGUACGGGAGGUCGUGGGUUCGAUCCCUGACCGCGUCGUACCAAAGAAGUGAAAAAUGGUACCCGUGGCUCCUGGACUUGGCGCUCCGCUUUAAGAGGGAAACUGGCCUCUAGUUAUCUUAAGCAGUAGGAUCACUGCGAAUCCUACUGUACCAUCAGGAAUGAGAUGUUGGGAGUGGAGGGAACCUUAAAUGCAUAUUGUACAUUAACAGACUUUUCGAUAACAAUGACUUAACAAUAGGAUAUAAGUCCUUAUAUUAAUGUAUAUGAUAUAAAUAAUGAUAAUCUACAACUCACUAAGUCAUAGUAUAUACCAGUGUAUUAUCAACAAACUGAAAUAUGUUCCACAUUUCAAAAAAAGUUGACAUAAAUGUUAAAGGAUAUGUUGACAUAAAUGUGAAAGGAUAUGUUGACAUAAAUGUGAAAGGAUA